AUGGUCUCAGACGAGGCCCGAUACGGUGAAUGUUUGACUGAUCACCCGCCACGACAUGACUCUGCACAACCUCGUGCUCGCAAGAAACGAAUCCCGGUUAAGUGUGAUGGCUCAAGGCCAUGCUCUCGAUGCCAGCAACUCCAAAAAACAUGCAAUUUUGUUGAGAAGCCAAAAGAACCUCAUGAAUUACAAAUAGAAGCCCUGGAGAAAGAAAUCGAGUCACUGAGAGCACGUCUACCACCAAGUGCGCCCAACACAGCCAGGCCAUUUACCAGCAACUACAUAACUGAUGCCGAAAGACCACUUCAAUUCGCCCCUCGAACGACAUUCAAUCCACCAUCAGAGACACUUAACCCCCCAGCAGACAUUACCUACGCCCAUGCAUCAAGUGUUCCAUCUCAGCUGGCAGUCUCAACCAGCACAAGCUCCCCGGAAACUGCAUCACACUUUCCACGACCUCCCAAACGUCCAAGAUCAUCUUUCGAAACUGAGACCCCGGCUGCUGCAAAUAUCUUCAGCGAUGAUGACUUGAGCAAUGAAGAAGCAGAGUUAUACUUCAACGCUUUCUUUUCCGGAUGUGAUCGCUAUGUUCCUGUCUUUGAUCCGCGCUACGAUUCUUUUCCGGCGAUUCGCAGCCGGAGUGAUCUAUUAUUCACUACCAUCUGCUCAGUGGGAUGUCGUGUUCUAAAUGGGACAAAUCCGAGAUGGCGAACACUUGCAUUGCGGACGCAGCGUAUGCUGAAUGCUGCAAUAGCGAAUCCGUCGACUGGCAACCUUGAGACUGUGCAAGCAUUACUGGUUCAGGCAUGCUAUGCUGGUGAGAGAGCCAUUCUGAUAGCCAUCGCUACCCGCAUGGCCAUGGAUCUAGGAUUCACAGAAGCGUAUGACACGCUCGUUUCUGAAUCUGUUCUUGGUGAUGCGCUCCCCAACAGCGAACAAACUAUCAUGGAAAACAACUACACGCGUAUGAGAAAAGCACGGGUUUGGCUUCACCUUCUUGUCCUGAGUUAUAUCCUCCACGUUGAUGCUGGAGGUGUACCAACGUUCAAAUUCAGAGGUGCUUCGCGUCGAUGCAGAAUCCUACUCCAAAGCCCAUUCUCAACAGGCAUGGAUCACUACCUUUUCGCUCAAGUUGAACUGAAUGUUCUUCGCGCCAAGAUUUACGCGUCUUUACCACAGAGGGCGAACCUAAGCGACAGCGAGAUCAUGGACUUGGUGAGAGAUGCAAAACUCGACAUAGAUGUUUGGUUCCAUGACUGGAUUCGUAUCUCGCAACCACAUCACCAGGAUAUGCCGUGGUUCGUGCCGAACUUGUCGGUCCAGAGAUGUUGGGCUGAUAACAUGGCUCUCUGCCGCGCGGUACGAGCUGCGGGCGUGGAGAACGUGAACGUUAUGUCAGUUACGCAAAAGACCAUUCUUGACAUGACUAAAGCGUCGCUGAAACAACAUCUUGAUAUCAUAAUCCAAGAGCCACGACUCUACCUCAAGAGUAUCCGGUAUGCUAUGGACUUUGUCUGGGCAAAAAACACCUUUUGUUGUUUGCUUCUCCUCAAGUUAUCUGCUCUUCUACCCGAUAAUGUCGAUCAACAAUCACAACACGAUCUAGUCGCCAAAGCAAGUAUUUUACUUAACGAGCUGGAGACUGCAGUUGCUGGCGGGCUCAAAGGAGAUAGUCGAUCAAACACAAGUGUUCUGUACCUUCAACUUUUGAAGCUGAGCAUCCAAAAGUAUAAACGAGGGCUUAACCUAGACUCAGAUGAUACUGUGGAACCUGAAGAGAAUGGAGAACAUCAAGCCGGAUAUACGGAACUGGAGUCGUUUGUGCCUGAUCAGUUCGUGUUUGAGUGGGACUUUCCAGGUCUAACGUUGUUUUCGUCGCCGAUCAAUGAGACGACAUGGUUGAAUGAGUUCCUCACUGGUUCGCAGGACUUUGGAGAGAGUGGAGGAAGCAUCAAUUGGGCUUUGAUAGACUUUUCGAUGUAA